ACAAUCCUACGGUAGUCAGUGCAGAUGGCCUGGAUAGCCUCCGUAUCCCGCCGUCAUGCCAUACAGACUUGCCGGCGAAUCACGAAUCCCGUCCCAAGUUCAGUAGUACUCGCAUAGCCUUCUUCCCACCGAGCAGCCCCUCACGAACCCUAGCUUGCUAUAAACCCUACUCCUUCCCUUCCCCGAUGGAUCCGCAACAGCCGGAGCCUGUCAGCUAUCUGUGCGGAGAUUGCGGAGCUGAGAACACACUCAAGACAGGGGAUGUGAUCCAGUGCCGUGAAUGUGGUUACCGCAUCCUGUACAAGAAGCGCACCCGUCGGAUUGUUCAAUAUGAAGCUCGCUGAAGACAAGGAACAAACAUCAUUCACUGUUAAGUGUGUGCCCUGAGACAAAGCUACUACAAUGGAGAAAUGUAUUAGGCAGUACUCGCUCGUAGGUAGUAAUCUUUCCAUUGGACUUUGGCUUGAAGUGGUAAAAACUUGUCAAACGUGUAUUGAGAUUUUAGACAUUUGAGGAUUGAGAUUAUGCAUCUUUGAAAGCUGGAUUUUAAAAAAUGGUUAUUAUUGCUGUCGCCAGGAAUAAAGUGCCCUGUUGGUUGCACGCA